GAUGAUCUAGGUCCCAUAUUUGAUGAGGAAGACGAACCUGGUCCAACCUUUGAAGCGGAAGCACCAAGCGUAACAUCCAUCAUCAUGGAGAACCAACUUUGCUUUGAUCCCGGCACAGCUCCUACACCUUUGUUCAAAGAGCACUGAUAAACAGGAUCAGUCUCCAAGAGGUGUCAGGAACAGAAGCAGAGAUCGUGCUUAUCAGUUUAAGACUUGGAGAUGCAUGUACUCGAGGAAACCAACUUCAAAACUCCAAGGAAGUUUCUUUCCAAAAUUUUCCUUCACUAAAUUUUACAUGAUUUUUAAAUUCUUUUUGUCUGAUUCAUUUCCUUUUGAUACAGGUAAAAUGGAUUUGAGGUCAAAUCCUUUUCAAGAGGGAGAGAAUGAUGCGCCUCGGAUCAUAGACCCGGGCCAGGAUGAUGCGACCAUGGCUGAGCCAGAUGAUUCUUCAACAAAGGACAAACUAGGAUGGAUUAAUGGUGAGGAUACUGAUCUAAAACCAGCUGAUGAGACUGAGGACGAGCUGGAACCAGCUGAAGAGAGUAUGCUUGAGCUGAAACCAGCUGAAGUGAUAGUAGAUGAGCUGGAUGAGCUGAGUGAGCUAAGUGAUACUAGCUUGGAGCUGAAUGAGCUAAGUGACACUGAAGAUGGAGCUGGUUUAGUUGCUGGGCGAAAUGAGCCUUUUUCAGCCCAAAGAAAAAUUCAUAACAAAUUCAAUUUGGGUCGGUUUUACACCAAAUUCGACCAGACCUUUCCUCAGUCCAUUUCAAGCCCAUUCUCAUCAAGAAUGCCAAGAGGGAAUCAGCAAGGAAGUCUUGGUCGUGCAUGGGAAAAAGAAUUCAACAAAAAUCAUUAAUUUCGGUCUUUAGUCAAAGUCUUCAUUUCUAGUUUCUAUGUCUUGUUUUUAGCACAUUCUUCUUUGGAUUUCUACAACUUGUAAUCCUAUAUAUAGGGCCUAAGAACCACGAAGUAAGAUAAGCUUUUUCCCCUUUUA